CACGCACACAGGCACACUCUCACAUCAUCACAUCCACCACAUCUGCACUCGCUCUUCUGGUCUCUCCGUCCUGCUUGCUUACACCACCACCACCACUCCAUCGAAGCACGCAUCGCAAGACCCGUAGCCAUGGAUCCCACGCAACUAGCUGCACACUUCUACGGCAGGCAGCGUGUUGAUGGCGCAGACACACCACCCUCUCCCGUCAAGGACUUUGUCAGUCACGGCAAAGGGCAUACCGUCAUCACCAGCAUCCUCAUUGCAAACAACGGUAUCGCAGCCGUCAAGGAAAUCAGAUCAAUCCGGAAAUGGUGCUAUGAUGAAUUCAACGAUGAGCGCGCCGUACAAUUUACCGUCAUGGCCACGCCAGAAGAUCUAGCAGUCAAUGCAGACUAUAUCCGCAUGGCAGACAAGUUUGUCGAAGUACCCGGUGGUAGCAAUAAUCACAACUACGCCAAUGUCGACCUGAUUGUCGAGGUUGCCGUUCGCUAUAAAGUAGAUGCCGUAUGGGCAGGAUGGGGCCACGCUUCAGAGAAUCCGAAAUUGCCAGAAACUUUGGCAGAACACAAGAUCGUCUUUAUUGGGCCACCAGGAUCAGCCAUGCGCUCACUAGGUGAUAAAAUCUCAUCCACCAUCGUCGCUCAAUCUGCACGCGUCCCUUGCAUGGGCUGGUCAGGUACGGGUGUUGAUGAAGUACAGGUCGAUGCACACGGCAUAGUCACCGUUGCAGACGACGUCUAUGCCAAAGCCUGCACGCACAACGCAAAAGAAGGUCUUGAAAAGGCCAUCUCCAUUGGCUUUCCCGUCAUGAUCAAAGCAUCUGAAGGCGGCGGUGGCAAAGGUAUUCGCAAGGUCGAGGACAGUAAGACAUUCCCUGCCUUGUUCGAGCAAGUUCUGGCAGAAGUGCCCGGCUCACCCAUCUUUAUCAUGAAGCUUGCUGGCAAUGCGCGCCAUCUCGAGGUUCAGCUGCUUGCUGACCAGUACGGCAACAACAUCUCCCUCUUCGGUCGAGACUGCUCUGUGCAGCGUCGCCACCAAAAAAUCAUUGAAGAAGCACCCGUCACGAUUGCCAAGCCAGAUACAUUCACCGCCAUGGAAAAGGCAGCCGUGCGUCUUGGUAAAUUGGUCGGCUAUGUUUCUGCCGGUACUGUCGAGUAUCUCUACUCCCACGCAGACGACUCCUUCUACUUCCUGGAGCUCAACCCGAGACUGCAAGUCGAACAUCCCACCACCGAAAUGGUCACAGGCGUCAACUUGCCUGCUGCACAGCUGCAGAUUGCCAUGGGUUUGCCACUCCACCGCAUCAAGGACAUUCGACUCCUCUAUGGCCUCGACCCAAAAGCCACCACCGAAAUUGACUUUGACUUUUCAAACCCAGAAAGUGAAAAGAGGCAGCGUCGUCCAAAACCAAAAGGUCACACAACUGCCUGUCGCAUCACAUCGGAAGACCCUGGUGCAGGAUUCAAGCCAUCGAGUGGUAUGCUCACGGACCUCAAUUUCCGCUCAAGCAGCAAUGUCUGGGGUUACUUCUCCGUUGGUACCUCUGGUGGUAUACAUCAAUUUGCCGAUUCGCAAUUCGGCCACAUUUUUGCCUUUGGUGAAAACCGUAGUGCCAGUCGAAAGAACAUGGUUGUUGCACUCAAGGAACUUUCCAUUCGUGGUGAUUUCAGGACAACGGUGGAAUAUCUCAUCAAAUUGCUCGAAACACCGGCCUUUGAAACAAAUGCCAUUACCACCAAUUGGUUGGAUGACUUGAUCUCCGCAAAACUUACGGCUGAACGACCCGACACAAUGAUCGCUGUUGUCUGUGGUGCCAUUACAAAAGCGCACCUUGCUUCAGAGGAAGGCAUGCUCAGUUACCAGACAUCUCUCGAAAAGGGUCAAGUACCUGGUCGUGAUAUCCUCAAAACAGUCUUCCCUGUUGACUUCAUCUAUGAGGGAGAGCGAUUCCGCUUCACAGCAACACGCUCAAGUGUCGACACGUACCAUCUCUUCCUCAAUGGAUCCAAGUGUUCGGUCGGCGUGCGUGCCUUGUCCGAUGGUGGACUUCUCAUUCUGCUAGAUGGCCGUUCACACACCGUCUACUUCCGCGACGAAGUGGGCGCGACGCGUUUGUCAGUGGACUCCAAGACGUGCUUGCUUGAGCAAGAAAAUGACCCGACACAGCUGCGUUCGCCGUCUCCGGGAAAGCUUGUACGCUUCCUGGUUGAAUCUGGGGAAAAUGUCAAGGCUGGCGAGGCGUAUGCUGAAGUCGAGGUAAUGAAGAUGAUUAUGCCGCUUGUUGCGCAAGAAGACGGUCUCGUGAAUCUCAUCAAGCAACCGGGUGCAACCCUUGAAGCCGGUGAUAUUCUAGGUAUCCUGGAGCUCGACGAUCCAUCCCGUGUCAAGCACGCAAAGCCCUUUGAGGGACAAUUUCCAGCUUGGAAGCCACCUCAGAUUGUGGGUAACAAGCCUGCACAGCGAUUCCGUUUGUUGCUCUCCACUUUGCAAAACAUCUUGCUCGGCUUUGACAACCAAGUCAUCAUGUCCAAUACCCUCAAGGAACUCAUUGAAGUAUUGAAGGAUGGAGACUUGCCCUUUGGCGAAUGGGCAGCGCACCACGCUGCACUCGCCUCCCGUAUGCCACACAAACUGGAUGCUGCCCUGGGAAGUCUCAUCGAAAAGGCACAUGCCAAGCACGCCGAGUUUCCCUCAAAACAACUCAUCAAGACGUUCGAGGCGUUUCUCACGGAAAAUUUGUCUGUCAAGGAAGCCGAUUUGUUGAGGGCGGGACUGAAGCCAUUGACGGAUGUCAUGGAUGCCUACAAAGAUGGCUUGCGCGCGCAUGAGCAUCAAGUCAUUGGUGAUUUGCUUGAGCAGUACUGGGACGUUGAGCAUCUCUUUGCCGGUCAGGAUAACAGAAUGGAUGACAUCUUGCUUCGCCUGCGUGACGAGAACCGUGAUGAUGUGCGCAAAGUUGUGCAAAUCUCUCUGUCGCACUCAAGAAUUGGCGCCAAGAACAAUCUCGUGUUGGCCUUGCUGGAAUUUGUUCGAGCAGCCAAGACGGACAUUUCAAAACAGUACGGCGGUGUUCUCAAGAAGCUUGCAGAGCUGGAAUCACGCUCUACUGCCAAAGUCGCCCUCAAGGGUCGCGAGAUUCUCAUUCAGUCUUCGCUGCCAUCUGUUCAAGAGCGUGCUGCUCAAAUGGAGCACAUCCUCAAAUCGUCCGUGGUGGAGUCGAGAUACGGCGAGCAAGACUGGUCACACCGUUCGCCCAAUGAGGAAGUGCUGCGCGAAUUGAUUGACUCUCGCUUCACAGUCUUCGACGUGCUGCCCAUCUUCUUCGCCGCGGCAGACCCUUGGGUUUCGCUUGCUGCGCUUGAAGUAUAUGUGCGUCGUGCAUACAGGGCUUAUUCCUUGCAUGAGCUCCAUUAUCACACAGAUGGCGAAACACCCUACAUGCUCACAUGGGACUUCCAGCUUCGCAGUCAAGCAUUGCCCGGCGCUGUGACUGGCACACAAACACCCGCAACACCGGCGACACCCAAUUCCGCUGGCCGCGACGACUUUGCAGCGCGUGUUGGGCGUGUCAUGUCUAUCAGUGACCUGUCCUUCUUCAAGAGCGAUAGCGAGCCAAUUCGCAUUGGUGCCAUAGUGCCGUGCGCAUCCAUCGAUAUGAUUGAGGAACAGCUGCCGCGGGCUAUUGAUGCACUUGGCGCACCUACACGUUCAGCGACAGGCGAAUCGCAGCUUGAGUCGGAUGAUGAGGAUGACUUUAUGCCUGAGAUUGGAGGUCGCUCACCAGGUCGCUCGCCACGCCGUACGCCGAAAACGCAGGAUGAACUGACCAAUGUGAUCAAUAUCGCCAUUCGAGACCGAAGCUUGGAUGACGAGCAAUUCAUUGAGUUUGUCAGGCCCAUCAUCGAUGGCUUACAGGAUGAACUCAUGUCGCAUGGUGUGCGCAGGUUGACCUUCCUCCUUGGUAGGGAGGGUACCUCCUACCCAUCCUACUUCACGUUCCGUCACCCUGGUUACUUCAAGGACUCCAACAACAUGCAGUACAUUGAAGACCAAAGUAUUCGCCAUAUUGAGCCAGCUCUUGCUUUCCAGCUCGAGCUCGGGCGUUUGUCCAACUUCAGGAUUACACCGGUUUUCACUGGCAACCACAACGUGCACGUCUACAAGGCAGUGGGCAAGAAGGCGCCAACAGACCAACGCUUCUUCACGCGUGCUAUUGUCCGACCUGGGCGUCUCCGAGCCGAUAUUCCCCCAAGUGAGUACCUCAUUUCGGAGACCGAUCGUCUCGUCAACGAUAUUCUCGAUGCGAUGGAAAUUAUCGGUACGGAAAACACAGAUCUCAACCACAUCCACAUCUUCUUCACACAGACUUUUGUUGAUUUGCGUCCAGAUGAGGUGGAGGCUGCGCUCGGUGGCUUUUUGGAGCGAUUCGGUAGGCGUCUUUGGCGACUGCGUGUGACUGGUUGCGAGGUGCGCAUCGUCUGUACAGACUCUGCCACAGGAAUGGCUUUCCCAUUGCGUGUCAUUAUCUCCAAUGUCUCUGGCUUUGUUGUUAAGAUUGAGCUCUACUCGGAGGUAAAGGACAAGAAUGGUCGAUGGAUUUUCCAAAGCAUUGGCCAGACUGGAUCCAUGCACUUACGACCCAUCACAACGCCAUACCCAACCAAGGAGUGGCUCCAGCCCAAGCGCUACAAGGCGCAUCUCAUGGGUACGACCUACCUUUACGAUUUCCCGGAGCUGUUUCGUCAAGUCAUUCGCAAUGAAUGGACAGCGAUUGCUGCACGCUCUGUGCCAGAAGACCUCUUCACAGCUUGCGAGCUUGUGCUUGAUGACCAAGGAGACUUGCAAGAAGUUACACGAGAACCAGGCACCAACACGUGUGGUAUGGUUGCUUGGAUGUGCUCUGCCAAGACGCCAGAAUAUCCUAAAGGACGCAAGAUGAUUCUCAUUGCCAACGACAUCACCUACAAGAUUGGUUCCUUUGGGCCCGUGGAGGAUAAGUACUUCCACAAGGCUACUGAACUCGCUCGCAAGCUUGGCAUACCGCGUAUUUACCUGUCUGCCAACUCGGGAGCACGCAUUGGUAUGGCAGAAGAACUUAUCCCGCUCUUCAACGUUGCCUGGAAUGACCCUAGCAAUCCAGAAAAGGGCUUCAAAUAUUUGUACCUGACGCCUGAUGUGCACCGCCAAUUUGAGCAAGCUGGACGUAAGGAGGUGCUAUCUGAAGUCAUUCAAGACGAGGGAGAGACACGCUACAAGAUCACCACUAUCAUUGGUGCCGAGGAUGGACUUGGUGUGGAGUGUCUGCGUGGAUCAGGUCUGAUUGCAGGCGCUACGUCACGCGCAUACAAGGACAUUUUCACUAUCACUCUUGUGACGUGUCGUUCAGUUGGCAUUGGUGCCUACUUGGUCCGUCUCGGUCAGCGAGCUAUCCAGAUUGAGGGUCAGCCCAUUAUUUUGACAGGAGCACCAGCCAUCAACAAGGUUCUCGGUCGUGAAGUGUACUCAAGUAACUUGCAACUCGGUGGCACACAGAUCAUGUACAAGAAUGGUGUCUCGCACUUGACUGCCCAGGACGAUCUCGCCGGUAUCUCGCAAAUCAUCCGCUGGAUCUCAUUCGUGCCCGACAAGCGUGGUUCACCGGUACCUAUUUCUCAGAAUGGCGACACGUGGGACCGCGAAGUCGAGUUUAUGCCACCAAAGGGUUCGUAUGAUGUGCGAUCACUCAUUGCCGGCAAGGAAGAAGAAAACGGCUUCCAGCACGGUCUCUUCGACAAAGGCUCUUUCCAAGAGACGCUCUCUGGUUGGGCAAAGACUGUUGUUGUCGGACGUGCCCGACUUGGAGGCAUACCCGUUGGUGUCAUUGGCGUCGAGACGCGAGUCAUUGAGAAUAUCGUCCCUGCUGACCCUGCCAACCCCGAUUCGACAGAACAGGUGCUCAUGGAAGCCGGCCAGGUGUGGUACCCCAAUUCUGCCUUCAAAACUUCCCAAGCCAUCAACGACUUCAACCAUGGCGAGCAGUUGCCACUCAUGAUCUUGGCCAACUGGCGCGGAUUCUCUGGAGGUCAGCGCGACAUGUUCAACGAAGUCCUCAAGUACGGUUCUUAUAUUGUUGAUGCGCUUGUCGGCUACAAGCAGCCUAUCUUUGUCUACAUCCCACCUCAUGCUGAGCUGCGUGGAGGAUCUUGGGUCGUGGUGGACCCUACCAUCAACGCAGACAUGAUGGAGAUGUAUGCUGAUGAUGAGUCUCGAGCAGGUGUGCUUGAGCCGGAAGGUAUUGUUGGUAUCAAGUACAGGCGCGACAAGCUACUCGACACUAUGGCACGUCUCGACGAGCCAUACGGUGCUCUUAGAAAACAAUUGGCCAACCCAGAGCUGAGUGCUUCUGAAGCGUCUGAAGUCAAGGUCAAGAUGUCGGAGCGCGAAAGCCAGCUGAUGCCUGUUUACCAGCAAGUGAGCAUUCAGUUUGCUGAUUUGCACGACCGUGCCGGCAGGAUGAAGGCCAAGGGCACGAUUCGCCAGGCACUGCAAUGGCGCAACGCCCGUCGCUUCUUCUACUGGCGUCUGCGUCGUAGACUCAACGAGCACUAUAUGAUCAACAAGAUGGAAGGCCAGACCAACGCUGCCAAGUCGUCGAAGCUCUUCAAGUGGUACCUCGAGGGAGGUGGUGCAAGCGACUGGGAGAAUGACGAUCGCGAGAUUGCACAGUGGCUUGAACGUGACUCGAAGGCUAUUCUCGCGCGUAUGGAAGCCGAUAAUCAAGCUGCCACGGCUGGCGACUUGUUUGAGCGUGUUGCCAAGGGCAUGAAGCACAAUCGCCCUGCCGUCCUCGAGCAUAUGACCAAAGCACUCGAGGGCCUGUCUGCGGAGGAGAAGAAGGAGCUCAUCUCCAAGCUAUCUGCCUAGACGAGAUGACAAUUGCUAUCUAAACGUAUUGCUUUAUAGACAAACUAUUUAUGUCCACGCUUGU